GGGUCUGCCUGUGAGUAAUAACGCUUCAUCAAGUCUGGAGUUUCCUGAAACACAUUUCCAUGAGGCCAGAUUUAAGCGCUUGUAUGCAUCAGUGAACCAAAAUUCAAUUGCUCAGGGCCCAUUGGCUAUAGAUUCACGUGAGAAAAAGGCACGUUUGUCAAGAAUAUCGAAUGUUUCGACUGGAAGAACCCAGAAUUCGGCAUCAGAUUCAUCUUCUCAGCUUGUAAGACAGCUUCCAGACACUCUCGGAGUGUAUCAUACAAUAGAGAAUAGAUCAGUUGCUUGUGGUUCACCUAUUGACGGUUGUAAAAUCGGCACGUCUUUUGAAGAAAUUCUCACUGCCAGUUUGGAUAAUGAAACAGCUUAUUCAGAACACCCGACUAACAGAGGCUGUGCAGCAAGUCCUCAAGUUAAGCAGCCUCUAACACGCUCUCAAAAUGUCAAUGCAAGUCAUUCUGUCUCAGAUAGACAGUCCACCAACAGUUCCACUGCUACAAUGCAUGAAGAGAAUCUACAAUAUUCAAAGAAAAAUCCAAAGAAACGAGAUGUUUCUGAAGCUAAUUCUUCAGACAUGAUUUCAUAUUCUGUGUGUGCAAAAGACGAAAUUUUAAAGAAAAAAUUUAAUGGCUUCAAUGAACUCAAUUGUGGAAUCUCACGUAAGCGUGGUGAGAAGUUUUUCUCUUCCAUUCAUAGCAUUCCAGACGACGUUAACUUGAAUCAAGACAUUUUUGAUGAAGCGCCUGCAUUACCGAAAUACCUUGACACUUCGCCGGAGAAAAAAGUUGACCUUGUGACCCCCGUGUGUGGAACUUCAACGCCCACGAAUCUUAUCAACUUUUCAUCUGAAUUUGUUGAUUAUGACGUUCAUCCUAUACAAAAUAGUGACGUUGUGAACCACUCUUGCACUACUCCCGCGAUGUGUGUUCGAGACGAGUCAAUUGCCAGCGAGAAGAAAUAUCUAGAAAUUUCAACAGAAAAGUGCAACUCGUCUUCUAUCAGUCCACUUUCAGUCACGUUCAAUUCUUCAAAUUCUUUUCUCUCAACGCCCAUAGAAACAGUCCCAUCACAACAGGAUGUAGGAGAUUCAGUUUCUUUUCCUAGGAACCAUGAUCAUGAGGCUAUUCCUACCGUAUUACUCAUCACUAGCAAUACCAAGGCAAUCACCACAUCUGAUGUGAUGACGCUGUCGGGACCACAAGCUUCAUUGCAACCUCAAUGCUCAACUUCGCAUGAUGAACCCAUUAUUUACUUCCCAGUUUCCAAACCUCAAUGUUCAACAUCUCACAAUAAUGAACCCAUUAAUCACUCCAAUACUUUGGAAUCUCAAUGCUCAACUUCUCGUGAUGAGCACAUUAUUUACUUCCCAGUUUCCAAACCUCAAUGUUCAACAUCUCACAAUAAUGAACCCAAUAAUCACUCCAAUGCUUUGGAAUCUCAAUGUUCAACAUCUCAUGAUGAGCACAUUAAGUUCUCCAAAGCUUCAGAACCUCAAUGUCUAACUACCUAUGGCCAACCUGUUACGUAUUCCACAGCUGGUGCCUCAGUGACCAAUACUUUAGUGUACUAUAGCGCUGCUCAUCAGCCUCAGGAGCAGAGCACUGACCACAAACACCCGGCACCUAAAGGAAGUUCCUUAACUGAUUCAUCUGUAUUCUGUAGCAAUGGCAAUUCAGACUUCCUUCUUGCAUCUUCUUCAAACAAAAAUGUAAACGUUGAGGACAAGCUAAGUACGACGUCUCUUGUUGGAAGCUACAUUGAGACACUAGAAGCUAUACAGCCAAGCAUAGACUGCAUCUCAAAUACUCCCAUCAAAACUUCAACGACUUUGGAUGCUUCAAAUGCCAGAACCGAAAUAUGUUCUGAUAUGGGAAUAUUACCUCGUCCCAGAGAAAUGAAUAGUCAGAUCACUAAUGACAAGCCACAUGCUCAAAAGUCAGAGGCAGCGAUGCGCCCGAGACUGAACAGUUCACAUCCACGCAGACGCGCCGCCGCCGGAGAUCUGUGGUGCAGCGAGUGCGAGAAGAGCGUGAGCGGCGCGUGCACCCGCCACGAGGUACACAGCGUCACUGACAGGACAGUGCAGAGCAGGGCCUGGGAGAGUCUGCCGUCUUCUUACUUGACCAUCAGGAAAAUAGGCUUUACUACUUCUGAAUGUUACGGCGUGUUCUGCAAGCGUCGGCUGCAGCUACACACGCUGUUUGGGCCUCUGCAAGGCAUCGCACGUGACCACGCUCCUGAUAAAUCAUCAGGCGCUGCUGAUAAUACCCUGAUACUGGCCGAAAUAAAUGGUGUUUCAAUAAAGGAUCAACAAGAUAAUGAACAGCGUGACACUAAACAGUUAAUAUGGCCUUUCACUGACGCCACAAACCAACUGAAGUUCUUGGAUACUUCGGACCUAGAACACAGCAACUGGAUGCAGUUCGUGAGACCAGCUGAGAGCGUCAGUGCUGCCAACUGUCGCGUCGUGGAGCGUCACCCUGGCCACAUCUUCUUCAUCACCACCACGGAGCUGCCGCCCCAUACUGAGCUCAGAGUCGCAUACUCGGAGCAGUACGCAGAGCGCUACAACUUGCCUCUCACAGGUCCAUUAGCUCCUAAUCUUCUCGAUGAAGGAACCGAGCUUGGCUGGCCGUGCUACGAGUGCGACGAGCGGUUCGCGUCUUCAGCAGAGCUACAGCAACAUCUCGCAUGUCAUGAUGAGAUGUCGUGCAGCAACAAGAAGAAACCAAAAGGCAAACGCGGACGCAAGAUGAAAAAAGCCAUCACGCUAUCUGACCUGACUGCUGUGAAAGUCGACCAUCCGAUGACAGCCACAAGCGUGAGAAGCAGUGGAGCUAUAACUUCCAGCAGCCUACACUUCUCUUCACUCAACAGUGAUUCUCUACUAGACCACACAGACUCAGGAUCUCAACUUCGAUGCCUCAUCUGCAAGAAAGUGUUCACCAACCAUCAAGUCUUCACGUUGCAUCGGUUAACGCAUGGUCAACUGCAGCAGCAACAGCAGCUGCUGCUUCAACAGCAUGAGGCAUGCAGGUCCUGCCCUCAGUGUGGCGAAGAGCAUGUAAAUCUGCAGCGCCUCCUUCAGCAUAUCGACUCCCACGCUCUUCCUAUUCCUCCUAGAACGGUUGCCACGAAACGUGCUCGCUCCCAGUCCAGCAAACGAAGUGAAACUGUUCAGCAGACUACAAACGGUCUGGACCGACCUUCAGACACCACCACAACUCGGUUCGAAACCCAUUUUCCAAAUUACUCCAGCUGUGACAUCGCCCAAAUUCGGCGAUAUGUACGAAGUUACUUUUUUCGGUGA